AUGUUUCUGCCAUCUGCUUUCCUAGCCACUAGGGCGCUACUCGCCAGCAUGAUAGGUUCUGGCAAUUCCACUCUGGCGGCACGAGAUGAAGUGAGUUCCUUCGCCGAGUUCUUUGACCUUACUGGGGAGGCCGGUGUCGUUUCCUCGGAUAUGUGCGAUAUUGCCUCUAUCACGGUGGACUUCGACGGCCAGACCGUCACCUUUUAUAACCCAGUGGAGUCGCAACUCAAUCUUGAGUCUUGGGCUCAGGGCUUCGCCAAUAACCAGACGGUGGUCUAUUAA